AUGGCAAUACGCUCUUCGCGAGGACCGGCCUCCGGCGUGGUGUAUUGGGAGAAGCAGGGGGCAGAUCGCAUGUGCGCGUUGCACUGCAUCAACUCGUUGCUGCAAGGUCCCGUCUACGACGAAACGGAAAUGUCGAAGAUCGGCUACGAGUUCGACCGGAGAGAGCGACAGUUGAUGGCCGAGGGAAUGGACGCCUCGGCUUACAAAGAGUUCUUCGACGAGGAGUCCGGGAACGUCGCCCACGAUGGAUACUUCAACGUCUCCGUGCUGAUGGAGUGCCUGCGCAAACAGCACAUCCAGUGUCUCUCCACCUCAAAACCCGAAGUCUGCCAUGUCCUCGCCGACCCCAGCAGAGAGGAAGGCUUCAUCUUCAACUUGAAUGAGCACUGGUUCACCAUCCGAAAGGUCGAAGGCAUUUGGUACAACUUGGACAGUUUGAAGCCGAGCCCAGUGGCGGUGUCGGCGGAGCAGUUGAAGAAUCUUUUGACGUCGCUGUCGAUCCAAGGUUACGUCUCGUUCGUCGCGCGGAGAGACGUGGGUUCCCUUCCCGCGCCCGAGCCCCAGCAGGUUCGCAUGAACCAAUUCUACUUGACGAAACGCGAUAUCGAAGAGUUGCAGCGCCAGGCGAAAGAGAAAGAAGCGCAAGACGCAAAGGCGGCGGCUGCUCACGGGGAUGAUGGGGAGUCGAAGCGAUCGUUCCUCGCUUGGGCGCCGCGCGGAAGGCGGGAGGAACAUUCCUGGCCUUCAGAGGGAGGCUACCGCCUGGACGCCCCGGGAAACGCCAGCGAAGAAGUCAGCAGAAGCGGGAGCCCGGAGGCGAGCAGCGUCGGCGCAGGCUUGGAGGGUGUCGACGACGAUCCAGAACUCCGUGAGGCUCUGCGCCUUUCUCUCGAAACCUACAAGCAGGAAAUGCAGGCCCCACCGGAGGAACCGCCUGCAGACGCUCAAAAUAUCUGCGCGGUUGUGGUUCGGCUUAGAAACGGAGAAAAAGUGAUGCGACGCUUUUACCAGGCGGACACCAUGGAGCGCGUUUUCCAGUGGGCCGAGUACGAGGCCUCGCAACGCGACUCCACGACUCUCGGAUCCUGCGUUCUCGUUCAGACAGUCCCCAAGCGGAAGUUUUGCAAGUUGGGUGGCCAGAUUUGUCUGUGUGAAGGCGACACGGAGGGAAUUCCGAUUAAAGAUCGAGAGCUCCACGAGUUGGGUUUCCAAAGACGUGAACAGCUGAUGAUGAUGCACCUUUGA